UUGGAGGCGGCGGCUGCGCAGAGGAGAGGGACUGAGAGGCAGAGCUCAGAGGCGGCGGCGACGGUGAAUGAAGGAGCAAGGAGGCGCCGGCGACAGGUUGAGAGUCUCUUCUCUCUCGACUCUCACGGUCUCACUCCCGAGAAGCUCCAGCCUCCAGAGAAGAGAAGCUGCUGCGCCUGCGCGUCCAGAAGGCAGAAGCUGCUAGUGCUAGGGCUGCGGCCUGCGGCCACAACUUUGGGCCGGGUUAGUUGGAGGUAUGUAGGCUGGGAUUGUAAUAAGCCCGCUCAUUCUGAUGUUGCUUCCUCGAGUUUCGCCCAAUCAGCAUCUAUGGAGGAUGGGUUCGGUGGUGAGAAACGAAAGGGAUUUUUUCAAGCCAGGAAGAAGAACCCGAUCUGGAACUGCGACGAAAUCGCAGUGAUUGCCGCCAUGAAAUUCAACAUCUGCAGGGAGGAAGAGAAGGUUGUGGCCGACUCGAGUCUUAACGUCGCCGCCUCCCUGGAAGGUGAUGCGAGCUAA